CAACAACUUGAAUGGACGUUUCCAAUGUGGUUAGGAGUUUUUCUGAAUCUAAAAGUUUUGAGCUUGAGAUUUAACAAGUUGAACGGUUCCAUAGUAAGCACGAGUAUCAAAGGAUACAUGUUUCCUCAACUUCGUGUCUUUGACCUCUCUUACAAUGAAUUCAUAGGAGAUUUGCCUACCGUGCUUUUUAAGAUUUUUAAAGCAAUGGCAAAUGAAGAUGAAGAUAGAAUACCACAAGGACAAAGGUACCUAAAGCACAAGAACUACUAUUACCAAGAUUCAUUAGUGAUAGGAAUGAAAGGACAAGAGCGUGAAAUUGUUAAAAUAUUAAUCACCUUUACUGCUAUUGAUCUCUCAUGCAACGAAUUUGAAGGUCAUAUUCCAAAUAGCAUUGGAGAUCUUCUAGCACUACGUGAAUUAAAUUUAUCGCAUAACAUGUUCACCGGCCUCAUCCCAGGGUCUCUUGGAAAUUUAUCAGUGCUUGAAUCCUUAGACCUUUCUUCAAAUCAAAUUGGCGGAGCAAUCCCUGGACAAUUGACAAGUAUUUCAUCUCUUGAAGUGUUGAAUCUCUCACAUAAUAAGCUUGUGGGAUGCAUACCUCAAGGCUCACAAUUCAAUACAUUUGAAGCAAAUUCAUAUCAAGGGAAUGAUGGAUUGAAAGGAAAACCUUUGUCACAAGGUUGUGGGAAUGGCAUGACACCACAACUUCCUGCAUCAAAGGAGUUUCACCAAGAAGACGAUUUGAGUUUUUUGAGUGGGUGCACAGUAAAAGUUGUGGCAAUAGGGUACGGUUGUGGCAUUCUGUUUGGACUAUUCAUGGGAAGUCUCAUGCUCUUGACUGGAAAGCCAGAAUUCAUUGCAAGGUUUGUUGAAGAAGAAGCAUACAAAUUAGCAAUGAAGGUCAAACGAAGAAAAUCAAAUACAAGAAGAAGAAGAAGAAACUAGAUAGCUUUGCAUGCCAAUGCUGGUUUCUCUACCUAUGGGAAAUACUUCGGACAUAGAUCAGAGUACUGUUAAAGAAGUGUUUUGGUUUGUUGCUGACUCAGAAGCCACCUCCCAAGUACUGUGUCUGCUUUCAAAUAUGAUCUCUAGCUAGGUGUUGUCAUAUGUUAAUCUAAGUCGUAUAAUAUUGUUUUGGUUGGAUACUAAAUGCUUCAAUUAAGGUCUGAUGAACAAUGUAUAUAUGUUCAUGUCUUAGAGCUUUCUUUAGAACAAAAUGGAUUUGGUAUGCCUAUGUUUAAACCAAA